AAGGAACAAGCAGAGUGAGAGGCAGGACAAAAGAAGUUAUAUAGCCGCUAUAUACAUAUAUAUUUGAAUGUUUUGGAAGGCGUGUAGUGGGGAAAAAUAACACCGGUGAGUGUGGAUGGACUUGACUGUGUAGUCAUGGAGCCACCAGUGAACAAGAGGAAUCCGACACUGAGAUUAGCGGAUUUGGCAGCGACUCAACCCCAUCCUCAUCAGAAUAUGACAGGCUUCCCGGGGCUUGGGGGCCAUCACCUUCACUCCCACCAUGCCCACCUCCACCCUGCGGAGAUGGGUAGCGACCCUGGAGUGGCACUCACUCCAUUUGGACCAGAGCACAUGGCACAGGGUAAUGCUCUCAAACUUAGCCCCUCUCAGCACAUGCAAAACCACCCUGAAGCCCAGACAGCGACAUCUUUUGCUUCUCAGACCACAGUUGGCUUCCCCGUGGCUCACCCCCACUCAGGAUACGCUUCCAGCAGGGACUACAUCCUCAGGAGAGAGCUAUCAGCCUCUGCUAUGCAUGCACUUGGCGAUCAACAUAGUUCCUCCUCCCCUCACCAUCAUGGCAUGUUUAUUUCCACAACAGGUGCUUACGGGCACACGGAAGGUGGUGCCCACGCUCUUUUUACAGGACUCCACGAGCAAAGUGUCCCAGGUGCCCACCACCACCCUCUUAACGGACAGAUGCGUUUGGGUCUUCCGGGGGACAUUUAUGGCAGACCAGAGCAUUUUAGUCACAGGCCCGAGCACUAUGGACCCUCUUCUCUCCACAGCUACAGCUCUAUGAACUUAAAUGUGAAUAUCGCAGCAGCUCCACACGGAGCCGCAGGGGCGUUUUUGAGGUACAUGAGGCAGCCCAUCAAGCAAGAGUUAAUCUGUAAAUGGAUUGACCAGGAGCAAACUUCAAAGAAGCCCUGCUCCAAAACUUUCAGCACCAUGCAUGAGCUGGUUAACCACGUUACUGUGGAACACGUCGGGGGACCCGAACAGGGCAAUCACGUCUGUUUCUGGGAGGAAUGCCCACGAGAAGGCAAAUCCUUCAAGGCGAAAUACAAACUGGUAAAUCAUAUCCGAGUUCACACAGGAGAAAAACCUUUUCCCUGCCCUUUUCCUGGUUGUGGCAAAGUGUUUGCGCGCUCAGAAAACCUCAAGAUUCACAAGAGGACACACACAGGGGAGAAACCUUUCAAAUGUGAAUUUGAUGGCUGCGACAGGAAGUUUGCCAACAGCAGUGACAGGAAGAAGCACUCGCACGUCCACACAAGUGACAAGCCUUACUACUGUAAAGUAAGAGGCUGUGACAAGUCCUACACGCACCCCAGCUCCUUAAGAAAGCACAUGAAGGUUCACUGCAAAUCACCUCCACCACCUUCGGUCAACAUGGGUUCAGUUUACCAAACUUCAUCUAACACCUUCGGAGCCCCCAUCUCCCCGACCACGGAGCCUCCCAGAAGCCGUUCUAACAAUCUUUCCCCUCAGGUCACCAAUCUCAACGAAUGGUACGUUUGCCAAGGGAGUGGGGCACCUAACAAUUUCCAGACCCCCUCCAGCGACGCAGCCACUUCUGACUCCGAGGAUGAAGAGUCAUACAGGAAAUCAGACCCAAGGACUAUGCUGUGAGAUAUAUGUGUGUGUGUGUGUGUGUGUGUGUGUGUGUGUGUGUGUGUUAUUACUGUUGCUGUCUCUAUUGUUGGACAUUGAAGCGGAAAUUUAACACAUCUAUACGUAUAGUGACACAACAUUAAAACCUAAAAGAUGGAACUAAUCCUAGAAGUGGAAUAUUUUAUUAAUAGGAUCAUAUCAGUCAUCUCAAAGAAUUUAAUUGCUAUCCAAAUAUAUAGUUCCAAAAAGCCACAAUGCAAUUAAAUAAGAGAACCUUGUAAUACUAAAAGCUAAUGAAAUUACGGCUGCGAGUGUAGAUCUAAAUUCUAUCACGAACAAAUAGUCUUGAUUCUUGAUUUAAUAAAUUCUUAUAGCCCAAGCAGACAUCAUUGACAGUCAUGGAAUAUAAUAUUUCAUA